AUGGAGGACCAUAGGGAGAGUAGCGACAUGAAAGGCGACCCAAACAGAGAGAUUUCAGCCACUGGGGAUAUCAUUCUCGUCGUCGGGGCUCCUGAUUCCGAGGAUCCACAGCUUCGUCUCAGAGUUCAGUCGACUAUCCUUCGAGAGGCGUCUACGGUCUUCAGGACCAUGCUUUCCCCGCCUUGGGUCGAAAGUCAGGGGAUUUCGGCCGAAAACCCGAAGGAGAUUCAACUUCCGGAAGAUGAACCUAAAGCCAUGGAGGUUGUUUGUCUAGCAUUACAUUUCCGCAACAACCUGAUGAAUCCCCAUUGGCUUGAGGAACAAGGUGGACAAAGAAUGCUCCAUGUUGCCAUUCUCAUUGACAAGUACGACUUGAAGGCACCGAUGAAGCUUAUCACCGACAUAUGGUUCCGACAGUCCAUGGGGUGUAUCACAGAGGAGUCCAUAUACCGUAUGGCCGCAGCCUGGACUCUCGAAGAGGAGAAAUUUUUUGCGCAAUAUAGCUGGAUAGUCAUGAUCACCUAUCCGGGCCCUUACGCCAAACUUCUUUCCGACGAGCCCUUCAGGGAAAGAUUGCCUCCACAAAUAUUCUUCCUGCUAGCAGAGCGAUCGUCCAAUCUUCGAAUACGUUUUCUCGAUUCAGUAUGCCGUGAAGCUGGUUUUGAUAGAGGUCGUAUGGCUUGCGAUAGUACCAGGGACUGCAACUGCGAAUGGAAGAAGUCUCUUCAGAGUCGCUUUCGACCAAUUUGGGAGCGUCUCACACAACAUUCUACAAGUCAAGAACCCAUUUGUUCGAUCCUGUCUAUCAUAGACGAGUUGAUCCCGCUUGCCGAAGAACAAAAGGUUCUCCAGAAGUCCUGGUGCAACGAUAUUGAACAGGUACACAACGAAAAGAUCUGGAACCCGAACUUCUGCACACGUUUCGAUUGGAGUGGCUCUACCAUCUUCUCCAGGCUUCCGGAGUGGAUGGAGAGAGAGACAAGCCUUUGCCUUCGGUGUCUCCGAGAGGAUGAAUCGCGUGGAGACUAUAUCUACUCUAGGAACAAUCUGCUUUGCGAGCACUCCAAAUCAAGACAGCUGGGAUCUACUGGUUCCGCGAUGAACCUAUUGGGCAAGCGAGAUACACAGGACGAUGACAGAGAUGGCAGAGCCCCUGCAUGA